AUGAAACGAAGAAAGUUUUUUUACGACGACGAGCCGAACUUCUUAGUAUAUAAACCUAAGAAGAUCACGUUUGUGAACGGUAAGUCCUACUAUUUGCAUCGAGGGUACACAUACUCGCGGGCGUAUGCUUCCGCAACUGGCGCGAGGUGGCGCUGCACUCAAACUAGCUCCUGCAAGGCUUACAUCAGGCUGUCACCGGAAGAACGCUUGGAGGAGAUAGCAGACUGUCAUAACCAUGCCGCGAAGAAGUACCUUAAACUGUCCAACGGCAUGUAUAUUAGGACAGAAUAG